AUGGCGGACGCCGACGGGCGCAUCACAUAUUGCAAUGAGAUGUGGCGGCAAGUCUCCAAACUACAAGGCCACAGCGACACGGUGACGGAUUGGAUGAGCAGCGUCAAUGACGACGACAGACAAACUCUCGAAACCGCAUGGCUGAGGUUGAUUGACGAUGGGGAGCCCAUUUCCGUCGAGUUUCGGCCCAGCAACCAGGAACGAAGAGCAGACCGGCCCGCCGACGCCUGGUUUCACCUGAGUGCUUUCUUUGAGAAGCAGACCGAGGGUAUGCGACAGUGUAUCCUCGGUUACGUUACAGACAUCACCUCACGAAAAUGCGCCGAAAGCAUAGAGAACGACCGACGGGGGCGUGCGGCGGAUCUCAGACUUCAACAAAGCAGCUUCAUCGACGUUAUAAGCCAUGAGAUGCGCAAUCCGUUGUCCGUGGUCCUUCAGUGCGCAGAACAGAUUGUCAACAACUUCUCAACCUUCAUGUCGCAGCGAGAUGCGGACGAGACCAGCUCACAACUACAGAGCUGUCUGGAUGCCGCUGUUACCAUCAACCUGUGCGCAAGCCACCAAAAGCGAGUCCUCGACGACAUCAUAAUCCUGGCAAAAUUGAACUCAAACUUGCUAUCCGUUACCCCGGUCGACGAGCAUCCGAUCAAGGUAGUUCAGCAAACGCUGCGGAUGUUCGAGCCGGAACUCAAGUCCCUGGGCAUUGAAGUUGAGUUCAAACUGGACGACAGUUUCGACAAGUAUGGCAUCUCGGAGAUCAAAAUGGAUCCCCCCAGGCUACAGCAGGUUCUCUCCAACUUGAUAAACAAGGCCAUGGAGUCGACCCAAGGACGAGAGAGGCGAACAAUCACCUUGACAAUGAGCGCGUCCAAGGACCUCAAAGAGGUGACCGAUCAAGGCGUCGUAUAUUUUGACAGGUUCAGCCACGAGCGGACAGCAGGAAUACACGUCAAGAAGGACGAAUGGGGCGCUGGCGAGACAAUCAACAUACAUUGCUCGUUAGAGGAUAGCGGACCGGGUCCCACCGAGGAACAAUUGCGAGCUCUUUUCGAAACCUCUCAGCCGGGGAAUCGGCGUUCGCAUGGACUACAAAACGGCUCGAGUAUUGGCCUCUUCAUUGCCAAGAUCCUGACCGAGACGCAGGGCGGUCAAAUCGGCGUCUCAAACACCAAGACAGGCAGCAACCUCUGCUUCUACAUCCAAGGUCGCAAAAGCACGAGACAACCAGCGCACAACCAGCAAACUUCGGCUUCCGAAGUUGGACACGGAGAUGCGGCACCAGCGACGCCUCACUCUCCAAGUCUAGAAGGAGAACCACCCACAAACCCUCCUCUCGACAUUCUCAUUGUCGAAGACAACGUCAUCAGCCAGCGGGUUUUGCAGAAGCAGCUGCGAAACACUGGUCACCGGGCUCUUGUGGCUAAUCACGGCCGGGAGGCUCUCGAAACACUCCAAAAAUCGCGAUAUUGGGUCGGCCAAGAGGCAGAAGGCAUCGAUGUCUCAGUCAUUCUCAUGGAUCUUGAGAUGCCGGUCAUGGAUGGGAUUACCUGCACAAAGCGAAUUAGGGAGUACGAGAGAGACGGCACCAUCACAAAACACAUCCCCAUCAUCGGCAUUUCGGCGUACGCGCGGUCGGAACAGAUAAAGAACGCCAAGGCAGCGGGCAUUGACGACGUUCUACCGAAACCAUUCCGCAUCCAGGAAUUGAUGCCGAAAAUGGAGGUUUUGAUGGGCCGACGUAGGAAGCUUUCCUUGUGCCCCAAUUCUUGA